AUGGUGCCAUGGCUAUUGUCAAUUGUUGUAACGAUCGUUUUAAGCGAAGAAGCGUUGGCGAUCGAGAGUUAUGAACCACGCGCCACCGGACGUAUCGUUGGUGGACGGGAUGUAGAAAUUCGAGACUUUCCGUAUCAGCUAUCAGUGCAAAAUGAUGGGUACCAUGUCUGUGGAGCCUCGGUCGUGUCCAACCGUUUAGCAUUAACUGCCGGUCAUUGCUGCUUCGGUGCCGACGUGGCGAAACUCUCCAUUCGCGGAGGAAGUACAUUCCACGGGGACGGUGGUAUGUUGUUUACCGUCAACUGGUUUAGCAUUCAUCCUCAAUAUGAUCAUGAUAAUCUAAACAACGAUGUGUGCGUGCUCCGGAUCACUGGAACAUUCCUGCAGCACCCAAACAUAGCAAUCAUACAAAUAACCAAUAGUACAACCAUUCCCGGCGGUGACCAGGGAAUUGUUUCUGGCUGGGGUGCAGUGGAAACGGAUGGAAACUCGGUAUCGCAUCUAAGGGCGACGAAAGUGAAAAUUCUGACCCAGACACAGUGCAAUAAGCGGAUUCGGAAUUCGGUUACGCCCACAGCAAGCAUGUUUUGUGCCGGUAAUGUAGGGAGGUCCAUUUGUGUCGGCGAUGGUGGAGGUCCUUUGGUGUACCAGCAGCGUCAAAUAGGGAUCGUGUCGUUCAUCGUAAAGGAGUGCGGAGGGACCGAACCGGCAGUUUACACGCGCCUGUCCAACAAAAGCGUACAGGAUUUCAUUACAAUGGAGAUUUCCAACGACCAGCUACGCCAAUUUGAUUGCCGAACGAUGGGCAUUGAGUGCGGCACACUGUCUGCGGAUCCGGAAUAUUGUCCGGCGGAUCAAUAUUUUCUGCAUCCAAAGUUUGACCGGGAGAUACUGGACUACGAUGCGGCCGUGAUACAUGUGACGGAAAGUUUCCUCAACGAUCCGAUACGUCCGGUUAGUCUGGGUAACACCAACACGAUCUACCCGAUUCCUUCGGCUGCUGUCGUGUCCGGUUGGGGAACAGCGAAUGAUGAUGGAUACACACCGCUGAUACUGCAAUCGCUUGAAAUGGUGCCAUGGCUAUUGUCAAUUGUUGUAACGAUCGUUUUAAGCGAAGAAGCGUUGGCGAUCGAGAGUUAUGAACCACGCGCCACCGGACGUAUCGUUGGUGGACGGGAUGUAGAAAUCCGAGACUUUCCGUAUCAGCUAUCAGUGCAAAAUGAUGGGUACCAUGUCUGUGGAGCCUCGGUCGUGUCCAACCGUUUAGCAUUAACUGCCGGUCAUUGCUGCUUCGGUGCCGACGUGGCGAAACUCUCCAUUCGCGGAGGAAGUACAUUCCACGGGGACGGUGGUAUAUUGUUUACCGUCAACUGGUUUACCAUUCAUCCUCAAUAUGAUCAUGAUAAUCUGAACAACGAUAUGUGCUUGCUCCGGAUCACUGGAACAUUCCUGCAGCACCCAAACAUAGCAAUCAUACAAAUAACCAAUAGUACAACCAUUCCCGGCGGUGACCAGGGAAUUGUUUCUGGCUGGGGUGCAGUGGAAACGGAUGGAAACUCGGUACCGCAUCUAAGGGCGACGAAAGUGAAAAUUCUGACCCAGACACAGUGCAAUAAGCGGAUUCGGAAUUCGGUUACGCCCACAGCAAGCAUGUUUUGUGCCGGUAAUGUAGGGAGGUCCAUUUGUGUCGGCGAUGGUGGAGGUCCUUUGGUGUACCAGCAGCGUCAAAUAGGGAUCGUGUCGUUCAUCGUAAACGAGUGCGGAGGGACCGAACCGGCAGUUUACACGCGCCUGUCCAACAAAAUCGUACAGGAUUACAUUAAAUUGGAGAUUUCCAUCGACCAGCUACGCCAAUUGUUGGAGAACCAGUACGGAUGA